CCAACACUAAGAUUAAGGAGUUAUAACUCCUCUAAACUACUCAAUUCACUAAAAUACAGUAAAAUAUAAUUAAGCAACGUGACUUCAUCCUAUGUUUACCUUAUUACUAAUGUUGGCAUUACAUUACUCCCUCUUUUGAUUCAGGAGGUUGAAUACGCUCGACAAGCAUCCUGACAACCUUGUAAUCAUCUUUUGAUUUAUCAUAUCCAAACCCAAGCCCAUCAGAACUGCUGCCCUUCCUUUCCAGAUCAAUAUUAGGCAACUUCUUACAUCUCUUAGUACAAGGGUUCCACAAAAACAAAUGUUUUCCCUUUCCAGUAGAAAUGCAAACCAAUACAUUGCAAGAACCCAAAACCCAAAAUGACUUACGUGAAAGGGACAGUAAUAGCUUAAGUUCUUCUCCCUUUUGUUUUGUUUGGUGAGAGAUUGAAGAAAAAUGGCACAACAACCACAAUCGUUCCCGCUUCAAACUUCAUGUUUGUUAUUUGGGGAUGUAUUUUCUUCUUGUUCUUCAUCCAAUUUAUAAACUGAAGGGUUUGAUGUUACGUUAAUGGACAGGAUCAGCAGUUUACCUGAUGAAAUACUAUGUCACAUGCUAUCAUUUCUUCCAACCAAAUUGGGAGCAACAACAGGGGUUUUAUCCAAAAGAUGGAGAAAUGUCUGGGGUUCGGUUCCGGUGCUCUGUUUUGAAGGGCUAAAAGAGGCUGAUUUCGCCGAUUUAACUGCAGUGGAUUCCGAUUUUGGGUUCGCAGAGAGCGAGGCUGCGAGUUUCAAUGGCUUUAUGGAUAGGCUCCUGAGGUUUCGUGGCGAUUCAAGGACUCAAAAGUUCAGGCUGGAGUCUGAAUAUCUCGAGCCUGAAUUGCUCUACAAAUGGAUGCGUUCUCUGCGUAAUGUGGAGGAGCUUGAUCUGGAUAUACGCAGUUUCGGGGAGUUGAAUUGGAGGGAUAUUGGUUUCGCAGCUGCAUCAAUCAAAACCAUCAAACUCUCUGGGGAUUUCAACCUUAACAUCCCAUCUGAUCUGUCUUUUCCGUGCCUUAAGAUACUUCAUCUCCUAUAUGUGAUUUAUGAAGAUGAUUCCGCCAUCGAAAAACUACUCUAUAAUUGCCCUGUUCUGGAGGAAUUGAAGAUAAGCAGGCAGUUAUGGGACAACGUUAAGAACUUCGUAAUCUAUGCGCCUUUAGUAAAAGGUUGGAUUUGGAGUUUGAAAUUAUGGACAUGGUCUUUUAUGAUGCAAAUUCGGCGAAUCAGAAGCAAAGUGGUGGAAGAACUGAAGCUGUUGAAAUACAUUUUGGAAAAUGCAAUGGUUCUGGAGGAAAUGACAAUAUUGUGUGAAGAAGGGGCUCCUCUGGGCCAACCACCAAUGGGGAUUGAUAAUGUGAGGGGAAGAGGAAGGUCUUCUUCAGGCGGUCAUCCUGUCGCCGCCAAUCAAUUCGCGGAAACAUUCGCCGCCAUUAGAGAUGAGGUGAUGAAUUACGGUAGAGGUUCAGCUGGUUGUCAAGUACAGAUCCUGAACCAACGGUCUCCAAUUCCCGUUAUCGACGUGUCCCAUCGGAUCGUUUGAUCAUUUCACCCGUAUCAUGGCGCCUGAUCUAAGUUUCCUUUUGUUUUGGAUAAACAUGCUGUUUUUUAUUCUACUAUGGAAGCAGUCAUGUGAAAACUGAAAAUGCUAUGGUGUUCUUGUAGUGAACAUGUUAAUUUUGGCAGUGCUAUGUAAGAAGUUAUAUGAAGGCCAAUAGGCUAAGAUCUUCUAGUAAACAUGUUACAUUUGUAGUUGUUACCAAAAUGAUCUUCCUUCUGGCUACCAACUAUUUUCCAU